AUGGCCGGAUACAACAAUAUUACUGCUGCAUUUGCCGUGAUAGUUAUAGCUGUUUUGGUUUUCCGGCCGGCCAGCAUGGUAGUGUUGGCGGAUAAUAUUGUAGCUGGUGUGGGAGAGGACACUGGCUCGAACAGUGAACAUUACGAUUACCAGGGUUGGGCUGAUGGCUAUUCUUUCCAGACUGGAGAUACUCUAUUUUUCCACUACGAUCAGGAUAUAUAUGACGUUGUCGUAGCAGGCAGUGGUGAAUUGUUUGAUGCAUGUUCUACCGAUCAGAACUUGGGUACUUAUGAUUCCGGCCGGGACGAAUUAGUGUUGCCAACCCCUGGGAUCUAUUAUUUCUUUGCUUUGUUCGCAUGCGCGAGCCAUCACAUGAAGUUCUAUGUGGUUGUGCACUAA